GGGGCGAGCGCUGCAUCAUCAGGGCCGGGCGUCAGUCUCUGCAUCCUCUCGGAUUAGCAGCAUCCUUUGCUCCGGGCGCAGCAUCCGCGGAGAAGGCCUCCCUCCGACGGCGCCAUGGCCGAGAUCGCCAGCAUCCAGCGCAGCUUCGAUGUCUCUCCAAUUGUGGCAGGCCUCAUUGGAGCCACAGUCCUGGUGGUGUCUGUCUCUGUGACUGUGUUUAUAUGGACGUGCUGCCAUCAGCAAGCAGAGAAGAAGCACAAGACACCUCCCUACAAGUUCAUCCACAUGUUGAAGGGCAUCAGCAUCUACCCGGAGACACUGAGCAACAAGAAGAAAAUCAUACGAAUCCGACGAGACAAGAUGGGCAAUGCCAGAAAAGAUGGGAAUGGCAACCUUUCAGUGGAUGAGGCUGAAGCUGGAUUAGUGGGCUCUAACAAACUAUCCAGUGCUCUAGACAUGUCUACCUGUGUCAACCAGCUUCCAAUCAAAGUUGAUUAUGGAGAAGAGCUGAGCCCAGGUCAAAGCUUGACACCGGCAGGGAGCAAAACACCCUCUCCGUCUUCUCCUCAAGAAGAGGUCAUGCUUGGGAUGCUGACUUUCUCUGUGGACUACAACUUCCCAAAGAAAGCCUUGGUGGUAACCAUCCAGGAAGCCCAUGGGCUGCCUGUCAUGGAUGAGCAAAACCAGGGGUCAGACCCCUACAUCAAGAUGACAAUCCUGCCCGACAAGAGGCACCGGGUGAAGACACGUGUCCUCCGGAAGACCCUAGACCCAGUGUUCGAUGAGACCUUUACCUUUUAUGGGAUCCCUUACAGCCAGCUCCAGGACCUGGUGCUGCAUUUCCUUGUGCUGAGCUUUGACCGCUUUUCUCGAGAUGAUGUUAUUGGAGAGGUGAUGGUCCCACUGGCUGGAGUGGAUCCCAGCACUGGGAAGGUCCACUUAACCCGGGAAAUCAUCAAAAGGAAUAUACAGAAAUGUGUCAGCAGAGGGGAGCUGCAAGUGUCCUUGUCAUACCAGCCUGUGGCCCAGAGAAUGACUGUAGUUGUGCUGAAGGCAAGACAUCUGCCGAAGAUGGACAUCACUGGCCUCUCAGGUAAUCCCUACGUGAAGGUGAACGUCUACUACGGCAGAAAGCGGAUUGCCAAAAAGAAGACUCAUGUGAAGAAGUGCACUUUGAACCCCAUCUUCAACGAGUCCUUCAUUUACGACAUCCCUGCAGAGCUUCUCCCUGACAUCAGUAUUGAGUUCCUGGUCAUCGACUUUGACCGAACCACAAAAAACGAAGUGGUGGGGCGUCUGAUCCUGGGGUCGCACAGCGUCACAGCAGGGGGCAUGGAACACUGGCGGGAAGUGUGUGAGAGCCCACGGAAGCAAAUCGCCAAGUGGCACAGCUUGAGCGAAUAUUAGCAGGGUAAGCUGAGGGCACGGUGUGCUUGGCAUGUGCCCUCCGGCAAACAGACUCUUAAACCCCCCUCCCUUUCCUCUUCUGUUUUAGUUGUAGAACUAAAAGUUUCUGUAAGAAGCAGCUGAUCGGUUUUCUCUAGUGACGUUAACUUUUGCAGGGCACAUACACUACAGUUCUAAAAAACAAAACAAAAUAUCCCACAAGGGGAAAAAAAGCAUUAAUUUUAAUAAUACCACAAAAUGCAUAUAUUAUGGAAACAGUGUAACUGCACUAAUGCAUGCCAAGUACUGACAUUUUUAAAAAACAAAAACAAAAAAAAUGUAGUAUAACUUACCAAUGUCGAGGUACCGUUUUUUCAUAUGAUUUAUCUGUCACUAUGAAAAUUGUGUUUUGUGCUGAACUGUCUGUGUUGGUAUUCACACCACAAUUGGCGUAUUCAGCUUCUCUUCCAACUACCCCCCCCCCUUUUCUUUACACGAAACAAACUCUGGUAUUGGAUUGCUGAUUGAUUCCUUGUUUGUCCUCACCACUCUUUAUCUCUUUUUUAUCAUUUUCGUGACUUAAGUGAACUAAUUCCCUUGAUGUAUAGGCAAUAGUUAUCUGCAUCUGCACUGGGUUAAAGAGAUAUCUGGGGAAAGGCAUUCACUGAAAAAGAGGAAUUGAUGAAAACUAUGGCUGGAAACAAUUACCUGUGAGUUGGGGAGGAGUAAUCCAUUCAUCCUACUCAUCCCCUAUCUACUGAUCCUGAAGUAGGAAAGGUUCUGUACUCCAACCACAAGGAGGCAGUCUGUUUAAAGCAAUUGAUAAAGAAAAAGAAAGGGAGACUUAAUGUAGGUUUGAACCAGGAGAUCCCUUUCUUUUCUGAAGCCAGUUGCUCUCAUGUUUGUGUGGUGAAUGAAGCCAGGUCUGUUAGUUUUGGCUCUUCGGAGGCUGCAGAAAUGCACUUUAUAUGGUGCCGCAGCAAGUCUGGUUGUAGCCACAUUGCAUAGUUCAAACAACCUGAUACUGGCGAACUACCAUGGCUCCAUCCUGUGCAGUCCUGGGAUUUGUAGUUGCAAGAGAUACCUUCUCUAGUUUGGGAAUGUCCCAGCACUCUCAAGAAUGCUAUCCCACUCUCUCACUGCGAAGUCCCAGGACAGAUGUAUGGCAGUUAAAAUGGUUUGUUGUUGCGUGCCUUCAAGUUGUUUUGGACUUAUGGCAUCCCUAACUCUGUAUCAUGGGGUUUACUUGGCAAGAUAUGUUCAGAGGAGGUUUGGGCC